AUGGUGUAAUCGCAUCGAUUGAUUAUGAAUAAUGGAAGCCGGCCCCUUAUUUAAAGGGGGAUGGGGCGAUGGGUGGGCAUUCCCGGAUCGAUCGCCUUCGUGGCUAGUUGUACCUAGAAUUGAAGGGACUGAACAAGGGCGUUGGAGUGAGUCCCCAUGCCGCUCGCCAUCGACCUCCUGCACCCUCGUCCUGAGGAUGAGAAGCGCAAGCACAAGUUGAAGCGUUUGGUCCAGCACCCCAAUUCUUACUUCAUGGAUGUCAAGUGUCCCGGAUGCUACAAGAUCACCACCGUGUUCAGCCACGCCCAGACCGUGGUGGUGUGUGUGGGAUGUUCUACCGUUCUGUGCCAGCCCACGGGCGGACGAGCCCGGCUAACUGAAGGCUGUUCAUUCCGGAAGAAGCAACACUAAAUGAUGUUGUGGUCCCUUUCCACGAAAAACAUGUCCCAUUCUUCGGCUGGCGUCUCGUUCCGAAACCCAGGUUUGGGGUCUGGGGAAUCGAACUUGAACAGAACAUCCAUCUAUCAAUAAACGACUUGUACACCCAAA